ACAAUCGAAAUGGAUGGAGAAAUCAACAUUAGGGAGGUGGAUAGCGACCAUAUCAAGAUACGAAAAAUAGGCCAACGACAGAAAAGUGUUGGCGAAGAUGAGGUGGAGGAUUCUGACGAUGAUGCAGUAAACAUCAGUAUCAUAGAGCUAUCGACCUUAGUUGAGGAAUCGGAAGAGGAGUCAAUGGUUGGCCAGCUAAUUGCUAAAGCUGACCGGUCGGUGAUUCAAGUUCCAUCAAGUCCAGAUAUAGGAGCUGUAACACUAUCCCAGAGAAACCCGUCGGAGUUUAGUCAGAUGUCCGCCAAAGAACUUCGUGGAGUGUUCAAAGAUUGGCAGUUAAAACCAGUAAAAACCAAAGAGAAGAUGAUUGAGAUUUUGGAGAAUGCUAGCGAAAUCAUCGACAGCCAGAACCCUUCACAGCUAACACAAACCGAGUUCAACGAACAAGUAUUUCAAAAACUCUCUGAAGCCAUCAAGAAUAAUCACGAGUGGUUGGAGAAAAUCAACAGCUACGAACCUAUUCUCAUUGAGAAACUCAAGGCGUGGCUUGAUACCGAAACAAUCAUUUGUGAACCUGACUUGUUGGAGAAAUUUUGUGACUUCAAAGGAAUUUGCUAUACCAAUAAAGAUAAGGAAUAAAAGUAGAUGUAUAUUAAAUAUAUUUUUUGUGGUCGGCAUCGAUUUUGUCGCCGAUUAACGUUUCAUUUAAAUACCGUAAGACCCGUAAGCUGAUUGUUGCAUUGGCAAUGAGACUUCCAAUUGCAAUCACAAAAUUGAGCAAAAGACUCCCAUAAUAAUUGAAUCGUACUACUCUGAUGGCCCAAAGAAAGUUGUAACCCCACAAGAGCAAGAGACCCAAGACCAAGAGUGUUAUUACAGCGGAGCUGAAGACUCUGGAUUUGGAAAUGCGGUCCUUUGGCGGUUGAUAUGCUUUUGCCACUUUUGGAGCCAUUGGUGAAAUAGAAGAG